AAAAUUCAUGCCUGGUUCAGCUGUGAUAAAUUUGAAUUGUUGGCGAAGUAAAUCGUACCCAAUUGGUACUGGCUUGCAUUAAAAAAAAAAAAUGUGUAUUUAUUUGAUUUAGUUUUAUAAAAAAUGGCUGACACUGAAGACUACUUUCCCCGAGGGGGUAAGAAACCGACAACAACAUACUUUAAGCAAAAUGAGAACUUUUUAGGAGGCACUGAAAAAGGGGAACGGAAGAAAAAGAAAUUAAAGAAAAGGUCUGAAGAGGAUGAUGGAGAUUUAUCUGAUGAAUUGGUUCAGGAGGUGGAUCAAUCAUACAAAAUCUGCGGGAUUUGGUUGAAUUAUAAGGUUGUUAAAGAAGGGCAGUUACUGCUUGGCAGGGUCCGCCAAGUCAAAGAGACUAGCAUCCACAUAUGCCUCCCAUGUCGCACCCAGGGAAUUGUCAUGGCAUGUCAUAUAAGUGAAGCAUAUAAUAAAAUGUUGGAAGCAUUUAUCAAUGAUCAGAUCGAAAAAGUGUGUGAACUACCGCAGAUGUUCCGCCCGGGACAAUAUGUAGCGGUAAAGAUUCUAGAAGUGCAGGACAAUAAUCUCAUGCUAUCCAUGAUGCCUCAGCAUAUUAACAGUGCAAGGACUUUCGCUGACUUGCAUAAAGGUGCUCUUCUUCAGGCAGCAGUUUCAUCAGUGGAAGACCACGGCUACGUGAUGGACAUUGGCAUUCCCAAUGCAAGGGCGUUUUUACCAAUAGGCUCUACUAACCCGGAGAUAGAACUUGACGUAGGCGUGUUGACUUGGGUGGCCGUCCGGGAGCUGUCUGCGGAGAGUGGGGUGGUGACGCUCAACAGUGAGCUCGAAGGGCUGCAGAAGGCGGUGCAGAGGAAACCAGCUGCCCUGCUGCCGGGCACCGCUUUGGAGUUCACUGUGGAUAAGCCUCUAGACAAUGGGAUAGAGGGGCACAUAUUAGACAACAAAACGGCGUAUAUUCAAAGAAAUCAAGUUGAUACUGUGAGAGGGAAAAAGCCCGGUCUAGGACAUAAGAUAAGGGCGCGAUUACUUUACAUGGUACAGCCUAACAACAUCCCAUUCCUGACUAUGAAAAAUAUCUUCGAAACCACUUACCCCGACUUGGCGCAAGAGCAGAAGUUCAAUAACGGAGACAUCAUAGAGGAAGCUAAGGUGAUAAAAAUAGUGGGUCGAUCAAUACACUUCAAGUUGGGAGAAGGUAGCUUAGGCCAGCUCAGUCUGCGCAGGGUUACCAUCCACGAAGACCUCACUGAUGAGCAGGUCUUGCUUAAAUCUUAUCCAAUUGGCAGCACUCACAAAGUGCGGAUACUAAGCUACAAUUUAUCAGACUACGUAUACUCGGUUAGCGAUGACCCGACUUUGCUCGCUCAGAAGUAUUUCAACCUGUCACAGCUUCAUAUAGGUGAUGAGGUGGUGGCUACCAUCACGGCGGUCGCUGAUAAUAUACUUAACGUAACAGUAGGGAGAAUUAAUGGUAUUGUACCUCAACUGCACAUGUCAGAAACGGGCAUCGUUGUUGAUCCCAAAAAGGCAAGCAAUUCUAAGUUACCAAAGAAGAAAUUCAAGGUGGAUCAGGAAGUUAAAGCCAGAGUGUUGUGUAUGGAUUUUGAUAAGCAACGUGUGAUACUGACGCUGAAACCUUCGCUGUUGGAUCAGGAGCUUGAAAUCUUGCAGAGCUACGACACCGCUGCAGUGGGAAAAGCCUAUAAGGGUGUCAUUGUGACUAUCAAAGAAUAUCUUCUAGUAUCCUUCUUCAAUAACGUAGUGGCAGUGAUACCAAAAAUUUUUGUAUCCACUGCACCGCUGGACAACCUCACUGAGGCGUUUCAUCUUGGACAAAUACUAAAAUGCACCAUCAUAUCCGUAAAACCGGAAGAAAAAAAAAUGUGUGGCAGUCUUACCAAGGCACCAUUUACACCAUCCGAGAAACAGAGUAAAACUACAAAACGUAAAAUUGAAGAUCCAGGAGUUGUAGGCAAAAAGCAAAAAACCGAUCAUUCGAUAGAGAUUAAGAAAAAACCGACAAAAAAAGACAUUAAAUCAAAUAAUGAUAGAAAAGAAGUGGAUAUCGCAGAAUCAAAAGAGGAUAUCAAAAAGAAAAAAAGGUCAAAUAAAGAAUUUAAAGAAGAACAAGUGGACGAAAACAAUGAAAAUGUUGAAAUUGACACAGAAGAAAAGAAUAGUAAAAAGAAAAAGAAAAGUAAAAAUAAAAUUGAUGACGAAACACAUACUAAAAAUAAUAAAAAUAAAGAAGAAAAUGAGAAAAAUAUAGAACGGGUAAAGGAUGUGAAGGUGUUGACUAAUAUGCAGCCGGCAGUGGAAUUGCCCAGUGCUAAGGACUUUUGGUCGUUAGAUACGGAUGUCAUAGCAGAUAAGACAAAAGAUGUAGAAUCGAGUAGCAGUGAAGAAGAGGAAGAAGAUAAGCCCAAAAAGAAACGCAAGAAGCUCACUGUCGCAGAAAAGGCGACUAAAGCAAGAGAAGAAGAAGAGAGGAUAAGAGAGAUGGAGAAAAGAGCGAUAGAGAGCGAGAACGCACCUCGAUCCAGCGACCAAUUCGAAAGGGCUUUACUCGCUCAGCCAGAUUGCAGUCAGCUUUGGAUCGCAUACAUGGCAUUCCAUCUGCAGGCAACCGAGAUCGAUAAGGCGCGUGCGGUUGGACGCAAAGCUCUUAACACCAUCAAUUUUCGAGAAGAAGGAGAGAAGCUUAACGUUUGGCUAGCGUUGCUGAACCUCGAACAUCGCUUCGGGAAUAAGGAAAGUCAACAAAAAACUCUCGAGGACGCCCUCCAAAUGAACGACACGUACGAAAUCCACUCGAAACUCCUGGACAUUUUGGUGGACACCAGCAAACCACAGGAGUUGGUUGCGCUGGUGGAGCUGAUGAUGCGCAAGUACAGGAAGCGAGCGGGUGCGUACACGGCGUGCGGGGAGGCGUGCUUCAAGGCCGCGCUGCUGGAUAAAGCGAGACAGGUUAUGCAGAAGGGGAUCGCUGCGUUCGAGAGGAAAGAACAUGUAUCGCUGCUGGUUCGGUUCGCGCAACUGGAAAGAUCGCACGGCGAUCGCGAGCGCUCGGAGGCCCUGUUCGAGCAAGUGCUGGCGGUGUACCCCCAGCGGGUGGACGUGUGCUCGGCGUACCUGGAUAUACUGCUCAAAGCGAAAGACAUAGAACGCGUGAGGCAGUUGAUGGAGCGAAUGACGUCACUGCAGCUACCGGCUCGCAAGAUGAAAGUGCUGUACAAGAAGUGGAUCGAGGUGGAGACGAAGAUUGGCGACGCGGCCCACGUGGAGAGCAUACGACAGCGCGCGAUUCAGUUCAUCGACAAAGCGAAGUUCUGAUAUAUUAAAUGAAUUAACAAUGUUA